GCCCAAGGAAACGGCGCUGAAACCCUCGGCGACAUUCGAGACCGCCACGAGAUAUCGGGCGCUCUUCGGGAACCUUCCUGAACUUUCUGUGGAUAGCCGGUUUAUUCCACCGCGCGUGUCGCAAUAAUAUGCCUCCCUGUGGCCCUGAGGAUGCUGGGGUAAGGGCGAGGCUUUUCGUCAGUGUUACUUUGACUACUAGCGAGGAGUGUCGUGAUUUUGCAUUGCAUUUUUGCUCAAAACAAUAAAGAAAAAAUGGUGAAUCAGGAAGAGCUAACGACUUGCCCCAGGCGGCUAAGGACUAUCGAGCAGCUUGCACGGUUGCCCUACGCAGCUAACAUAAUUGGCGCGGUAGAAGGAACGGAUUCAUAUUUGAAGGAAGCUAAGAUUCCGAUCUUCUCGAGUGCAUUGGGAGCUUAUGAAGCUGUGAUCAAAUGGAUUGCUUGUUUGCCUAUCAUUUCCACCAUGAUCAAUGUGAGCGACUGGAUGGUUGCUUUCUAUUUGGAAACUGUGUUUUUCAUCGUCAUCAAGAUUGGGUCUAUCUUCAUACAGUCCAAAAGGAAACUUGGUGAACUCACGGAACCCGAGAGCUUGGGUAGACUAGUUCCCCCCGUAAUAAAGGAUUCUCGCUUAGUGGAAAUGGCGGGGAACCUGAGACUGCCGACUGGUGACGACGUUUCCAGGAAUAUGCCUGCUGGAAUGACGGAUGUUUUCUUGGAAAAAAAAAAGGCAUACGGUGUUAUUCUUUCCCUGCGUUGGGCACCCUACCCCACGGGGUUUGGUGGAGAGGAACCCGUAGUCCGCGGGUUCAGAGAGGGGCGCUGGACUGCGAGGGUCGGAGAGAGCCGGGUUGCAAGCGGAACCGGCAGCGCGCGCUGCGUUUUGGCCGCCUAUAGCAAGUAUGCCAGAUAG